AUGCCUGCCUCUGAAAUCGACGACAUCUUCUCCUCCAAGGGGAAAGCAAAGGUCCCGCAGCCCGUCGCCUCAUCCUCUACUGCUCCCCCGAAGAAGAAAAAGAAGGAUAAGAAGCGUAAGCGUGAGGUCGACCCUCCUUCCGACGACCCAAAACCAUCCAAACCUAAACGCGCAAUCCCCGAGACCAUCGUCGACCCUUCUGCCCAGUUGGCCGUUUCUGCACCACCUGCGAAGCGGCCAAAAAAAGCAAAGUCGACGGAGGCCGUGAAGGCUGCUGGGAAGGAGAGCGAGGCCCGUUUCAAAGACUCGAGAGGAACAGGACCAAGACGUACGACGGAGGAAGGAUUCUCGAUUUACAAGGAGGAUGAGCUCGGUAUCAAAGAUGAAGGCGGAGGUGUGUUCUCUCCUUUUCUUCUCCUUAGUCGUUACUCACCGACACAUCUCCAGAUACACCACUGUGCCCAUUUGACUGUCAAUGUUGUAAGUGCGUCUCCCUUCGCUGCUCGGUUUACUCUCACAUAUGACCCGUUUCCAGGCUUUUGA